AUGACAAUAGAAGAAGUGGGUGGAGGAGGAGCUGGGUCUGCUGCUGGCACAACUAGCCUUGGAACACCAGGUCUAUUGCCAGAAUGGACAUCUGGGACAGCUAGGUCUACUGUAGGCGGAAUAGCCAGUGCAGGAGGCACUGGAGUGAUGGCAGGCAGAUCAGAGGAGGCGGAGUUUGAAAAUCAUGGUGGGGUGAUUAUCGGGGUAGCCAAGGAAGUUGAGCCAAGCAAAGAGGUGCAGGUACUAUGUCAGAAAUUUCUAAUUUGGCUUUCAGCACCAUACUUCAAUUGGGGUGCAACUUCAGAUUUCCAAUUAUACAGCAUUUUGAAUAUGGUUGCUGUAAGGCAAGUCACAUUGAAUCGAGGUGGAAGUACCAGUAACCUAUCUCUAAUCUCCAGUGCCACUGAUGUCACCCACUACCCCCUUUGUUGGUCCUGGACCAUAACCAGUGACUCGGAUGCCAAUGCCAAGUACUGGCCUACUUCUUUGCAUAAGGCAGAUUGUCAAACAUGUCUGUCUCACAGAAGAAAGUGGAGCUGCUACCACAGCUUCUUAUUGGAUUGUGGAUACAGUAACCAACAUCGGCUAGCUCAAAGCCUCUCUCCAGCAAUAAAUUCUGUUCUUUUUGCUACAAGUAAGCAUUCACUUGCGGCAACCACGACUCAAACCUUGCAAAAGCAUAGCCUUGACCAAUCACGAAUCAAAUUCUUAGAGGAUAGACAACAAGAGAACAGAUUGCAUAUUAAGGACCUAGAGGAUAGCCAACAACAGGACAGCUCACAGAUUAAGGACCUGGAGAAUUCACUUCUUAAGGAGAAGAAAAUUGAAAAUCUGGCUAGUGAGAAGGAGAAGGAAGCUAGUGAGAAAGAGAAUAUGUACAUGCUAAUGAGGAUCCAGGAGAUUGGAGAUAAAAACAUCAAAACUGCUGGGUGGGUCAGUAGUAUGGAUGAAAAUUGUGGUCCAGAGACCAUUGACACACUAUCACUGGAAAUCAUGCUGGACUUCAUGUUAUCUUAG